UUUUAAGGCUGCACGAACUUCCGGUUAACAAACGUUAGCCUGAUAGCUGUAGAAUCCAUCCUUACUCAUUGAAUGGAGCUAAGUGCCUAUGCGAUUUCUGACAUGAAUUGGUAAAUUGAAGUGUACAUCGUUGAAGCAUGGCGAUUUCAAUGGAAACCCAGCUCCAGAGUAUAUUCGAGGAUGUAGUGGUAUGUGCAUUCUGUAUCAGAUAGCUAACUUUAGAUAACCAGCUAACGUUAGCCGCUUACCUUUUGUUAGCAGCUAACGUUACUAGCUGAGCUAGCUAGCUUUUUUGCAAAUUCACUUAUGGCCCGAUACUUUUUGGUUAGCCACAUUUUACAACAAUCUCACCAUGCAUUCUACUUAGUUAAUAUUUGCUGCCUCAUAUUGAUCAAAUUAAUGAUGCAUAGGAAUGCCCAAACCCGCUAGCUAACUUUCUACUAAAUGAGCCAUAUGGGCUCCCGAGUGGCGCAGCGGUCUAAGGCACUGCAUCUCAGCGUUUGAGGCGUCACUACAGACCCCCUGGUACGAUUCCAGGCUGUAUCACAACCGGCGGUGAAGUGGAGUCCCAAAGGGCGGCGCACAAUUGGCCCAGCGUCGUCCGGGUUUGGCCGGUGUAGGCCGUGAUUGUAAAUAAGAAUUUGUUCUUAACUGACUUGCCUAGUUAAAUAAAGGUAAAAUAAAAAAAAAUGUCAUGGCUAACGUUAGCCUGUGACAGCAGGGGUGUAAUCAUUAUGCCGAUUCUGUUGCAAAACGUUUUGCAACAGAAUCCGUUUACUCGAAAACGCAAACGAGUCUAUCGGACAAAUUCAGGUAGGUCCCUCCCCGUUUUGUUCCGUUUACUCUGUUUGCUUCCGUUUGGUUCUUAAACGGCAAACGGUUUCCGUAAUGAAUGCACCCUUAGAUCGUGCACGUUUUACAUAAAAAAACAAACAAACAUUUUUAGUCAUUUAGCAGACGCUCUUAUCCAGAGCGACUUACAGUUAGUGAGUGCAUACCUUUUCAUACUGCCCCCCCGUGGGAAUCGAACCCACAACCCAUGCUCUACCAACUGAGAUACACGGGGUCCGGCGUUAACCCUAAGUGUGCUAGCUAGGUAAUUUUUGUCGAGUGUAACAUAUUCUAAGCAUUACUCCAUUGAUGGUCUAUUCACUGAAAACUUCAUUUUCUUUUUCAGAAAACAGAAGUUAUUGAGGAAGCCUUUGCAGGGUAAGACUGCUCAAGCAGACUUGUUUUGUGAAGACAUAGCUAGGCCAGAUGUGCACUGUCUGCAUCCCAGUUAAAUAUGAAGUGCAGUAUAAAAAAACCUAUUCUGUGUCAUACAAUUUGUUAUAGUACUUGUGUAUUUAAUGCCUUCUCAUCUUUCUUCUCAGCAUGUUUAUGGACACACCUGAGGAUGAGAGAACAAAACUUAUCAGUUGUCUAGGUGCCUUUCGUCAGUAUUGGAGCACUCUUCCUCCGGUGAGAGAGAUGCCCAAGAUUUGACACAUGCAGCAUCUAACAUCAUUCAAACCCUAUACACUGCACUUGUUUCUGUAAUACCUCAGCAGUAACGAGACAGUUUGCUGCUUUCUUCAGGAUUCCCAUGAUCAGUGUGUGCAGUGGAUUGUCCGGUUCAUUCAUGGCCAGCACAGCCCCAAACGGAUCUCUUUUCUCUAUGAUUGCCUCGCCAUGGCAGUGGAAACCAGCCUGUUACCUCCCAGGUAAGGAUGUGUUUUCCUCUGUGAGAAAAUGACUAGUGUUGUGGAUUGUGCUGCGGACAGAAGAAUGAAUUGUCCUGUUUUCUCAGGAUGGUGUGUCAGGCUCUCAUAAGCUCAGAUAACCUGGAGUGGGAGCGGACACAGUUAUGGGCCUUGACUUUUCGACUCAUACGGAAAAUCAUCGGUGGUGUGGAUUACAAGGUAAGAAACAAUGUGCUUGAUCUCAAUCAACGUGACUAGAGAUCGUAGGAUAGCAUUCAGCAUAGAGAAAUGGAAGUCGUAUACAACAGUGUAAAUAGUUUUAUUACAUACUGUAUGUAUUAUAGGAUAUUAUCUACUAUUGUAAUAACAUGAAUGAUGUGCUUCAUUGUGUUACAUCACAGGGAGUUAGAGAUCUACUGAAGGCUCUGCUGGACAAGAUUCAGACCAUUCCCAACACCGUUAGCUCAGCAGUGGUCCAGCAGCUGCUAGCUGCCCGAGAGGUACGCCGCCUUUCCAGCCAUAGGCUUUUUCACAAGAGUUUGGGGAUUUCAGGUUGAAUUAACCUGCUGAGAUGUUUGUAUAUCACCUCACAGGUGGUGGAGUACAUCCUCGACAGGAACGCGUGCCUCCUGCCUGCCUACUUUGCCAUUACAGAGAUCAGAAAACUCUAUCCCGAGGGGACAUUGUCACACUGGGUAUGUUUUUAACCAGGCUAUAUUCAUGUCAUUUGUGUGGAUGAUGAAUUGAUUUGAACUGAGAUAAAUAGCAUCUGAACUGGUCAGUCUUUCACCCUAUCCUUCUCUUGUAUUCUAGCUUCUGGGCAGUCUCAUGUCAGAUUUUGUUGACAGCUUUCGGCCCACUGCAAGAAUUAACUCCAUCUGUGGUAAGGCCACUAUUUGCACGUAACCUGCUUGGUAUUGAGCAGUUGUGAGAUAAAUAUAUUUAUUUGGGAGUAUUGUUCAGAGGACUUUAAAUGACUUAUCAUAUGUUUGAUCUGUAGGGAGAUGCAGCCUCCUUCCAGUGGUCAACAACUCUGGAGCUAUCUGCAACUCCUGGAAGCUGGACCCCACCACGUUACGCUUCCCUCUCAGGGGCAUGCUGCCCUUCGACAAGGUACUACUCCUAAACCUAUCAUACUUAUCACCACCAUAGAAAUCCUUUACCCAGACAGUGUAACGCCUGUUUGUCAAAGCUUUUGUCAAAGGAUGUUGGUGUUUCUCCCCCAGGACCUGUUUGAACCACAGACAGGGCUGCUGCGAUAUGUGCUGGAGCAGCCCUACUCUCGAGACAUGGUCUGCAACAUGUUAGGGCUCAACAAGCAGGUACUUCUCCUCUCCUGCCCUGCCCUGUCAGCUCUCCCCUUCCUCCUCCCUUGCUCUUGAUAACACAGGUACGGUACACAAGCCCAGGAUGCUCCAGAUGACCAGCCUAUCACGUGAGCUGUCUUGUACUGUAUUUAGUGCAUCUGAUUACCUGUAGAAUCCAGAUGAAGGCAAACAACAAUGGUUUGCAUUGCUUUGUUUCUAUAAGGCCAGCCUCCAAUCUACUCCCUGCCACUUCAGUGCGCUAUGUUUACCCCCAGCCCUGCUUGGCAGCUCAAAUCAACUGUGUUUCAAGUUCUGUCUGACUCUGCCCCGUUGGCCCAGGGACAAGCAACAACAACAACCAGUAUUGGUGUAAGGGAAUACACCAGUUAAUAUGCCCCGUCACGUUCAAUUGAUGUGUCUCUUAGGAGUACUCAGGCUUUACUGACUGACAGGGGAACUUGGAGCUGGCCUCCUAGUCACUGUUUUGUUUUUUCCUUUUUUCUUUCUUUCUUUUUGUUCUGUCCUGUCUUGCCCUGCCCAUCCUCCAAUGCUCUAGACCUUGAACAUUGCUCAGGUAUGUUCACAAUCUUCCUGUUGUAUUGUGACUAACCAGAUACUGGACGCAGCUUCCUAGUCACACUGAUCACGUCUAGACCACCAAAGAAAACGAGAAAUAAAGCAAAACAUAGGGCUUGAAAUUACCUUAGAUAAAGACCGAUGUCCAAGAGCGUGUGAAAGAGCUGAUAUGACAAUGCAUCACAUUGACAUGAUGUGCAAGGGUCUGCAGUUCAGCUCCCCUUGUUGGCCACGUAGUGUGGUCCAUAGAUGUCUCAUCUCAUUGGAGUUUUAAUGCUGUGGCUGUUGCUGUCUGUCGAGACAUCUCUCAAAGCUGUUUUUUAAGAACAUAGAUGUGUUGUGUUCAGUCUUGGGUUUCAGAAUUUCAUCUUGCGUCCCAAGAGCCUGUACACAAAUCCAAAAACACAGCAACUUGACAAUUAUUUUACCUCUCUGUCUUUCAUAGAUUAUUCUACUUGAAUUUCAAAUCAAAUAAAUGUGCAAUGUCACCUGUAUACAUAGCUAGACACAAUUGAAACACUAUUUCAACUGCCUGUACACUGUGGCAAAUCUAGUUAAGUGAUUUACUUAGAUUCUAAUUUAAUGGUGGCUAACUCCACUGCCCAUUUAGUCUCCCUGCAUUAGAUAGACUAUGAAUUCAUAUUGUUGAAAUCAUUUUGCAAUUCUAAGAAUGUGCGGAACAGCAUUGUAAAAGCUCUUGUGAGAUCUCAAGGAAAAAUGCUUGUAUACAAAGUAGUGAAAUGUGAACCAAUUGUAUCAAUUGCCACGUGCAAAUUUGAUAUUAUUAGGAUCUACUUUGGUGUGUUAUAUUAUUGAAUACACUAAUUCCUUCCCCAUUCCAAUGUCCUUGAAUUUAAUAGCCUACAUAUAUUAUUUUUGAAUGAAACAAAAGCAUGUUAUAAAUCAUUAUAUAUUUACAAUUUCAAACAUGCUGCAACAUUACCAAAUCAGCAAAGAGGAUUGGACAUUUUGUGUUUGAAACUAGAGGUGUACGUACCUUAGAAUGACACGUUAAUUUCAAGCCCUGAUCUGCUGCAUGCCGUAAUGUAGUAUAGUCCUGUCUUUCAACUGUGGUUCAGGUGUAUCUUGACGUUUGCACUGCAAGAGUUUUCCAUUUGAAUGUUGACACUGGAUAGGCUAUGCUGUUUCUAUCAUUUUGUUGCAAGGUAGUAGAUUUAAAUGCAUUCCGGGAAUGUCCGGAAUUGGCCAUGUCUUUGUUCACAUAGGAGCAUGAUCAAAUAUGUAUUUUGCCAUUGAGGUUACAUUAUUGGAUUUUGACACAUCCACCACAACAGUGAUGAUUUGGUUCAAAAGCUACUAUGAAUCAUGUGCUGACUGACAAAUUACUUUGGGUCUGCCAAAAGUCAUGGUGAAAGCAAUCUUCUGAUUGAAUUGUUUUCCUAAUGCAAUGUCCUGAGCCUUACUAAAAGUAGCCUUCUUACAUUUCAAAAGAAUUAUUACUUUGACCUAUCUUUGGUCCUGGCUCUCUAUCAGAAACAUUUAAAAAAAGACUGCAAAAAGGCCCCAAAAACCUACUGUAUAUAUAAUUCCAUCGAAGAUUGCUUUAACUCUUUAGAUUCCAUAAACCAAGGCCAUUGGUUGGACACUAUCAUCAGACCAGCCUUAAUCCAGUAAAGAAACCCCCAUCUCAGAAGAGCAUGUGUUGUACCACUGUAUCCCCCCCCAGCCGUUGGAGAUGAUGCUACCCUCUGCUCACAGUGUGGUGUUGAGAUGAAUGGCAGUGUGUUCUAUACCUGCAUGCCACUUUCAGGGGGCAGCUGCAGUAUAUCCGAGAGAGAAAAUACCUUUUGUGGUGUCAGAACAAACAGACUGGGUAUAUCUAAGCUUGUUCUCAGUCUAUCAGCUUUGUUUUUCAGUGAACCUUUUGACCACAAGCCAUUAUUUAUUCAGCGUAAGACUGAUUGUAAAUGUGCAGAGCACCACCUGUUGAGAAAAUAUUGGCUUAACAGCUAAAUUACAUUUGAUAGAUUACUGAAAUGACUUGAUCAAUUAUUUGAAAGCAAAAGUGACCAAUGUGGUGAUAUAGUGCAGCUACUCUGGGAUCUGGGCUUUCUUUGGCAGUGGUGUAGUCUUCAUGUCAUGCUCUGUUUUGUGUGUGUGUGUGUUUGAGUGAGUGUGUACCAUCUGUGUGCCAGGGACAAGCUCUGUUUGUACCCAACAUUUCUGAGACUCCCGUUUGUGCGAAGUGGCUUGACUGAUGUUGCUGUGAAACCGUGUUUGGGGUGGAGUAAGAGGGAAUGGAACUAAAAUCAAUCCACUGUAUGCUGAUUUCACUUGUUUUGGUGAAGUAUGGGCCAGUGCUGAAUUCCCUGUAUGAGGUACAUUUCCUGUGUUUUACAUCCCUCUCUGACCUCUGACACCCGUCUCUCUGGGCUCUCCCCCUCACAGCACAAGCAGCGCUGCCCGGUGCUCGAGGACCAGCUGGUGGACCUGGUGGUGUACGCCAUGGAGCGCUCGGAGACCGAGGAGCAGUUUGACGAUGGCGGCACCAGCCAGCUCCUGUGGCAGCACCUCUCCAGCCAGCUCAUUUUCUUUGUGCUCUUCCAGUUCGCCAGCUUCCCACACAUGGUGCUCUCUCUUCACCAGAAGGUGGGAUGGUGUUGAUUGAAACACAGACAGACACUUUUAUAGAAGUGGACACAGUCAUUUGUCCUAAUAUCGUUAAUGCUCUAUUCUUGUUCUUGCUUCAUUUUUACCAUUAGCGGAUGAAAUUAGUGUGUGAGACAGAGAGACUGUUAUACAGACGAUGUCUAAAAUGUGUGUCUUGUGUGUGUUGCUCCUCAGCUGGCUGGUCGAGGCCUGAUCAAAGGCAGAGACCACCUCAUGUGGGUCCUCCUCCAGUUCAUAUCUGGCAGCAUCCAGAAGAACGCCCUGGCUGACUUUCUCCCUGUCAUGAAGCUGUUCGAUCUGCUCUACCCAGAGAAAGAGGUAGCCACAGUGUGUGUACGUCUGUUGUUUCAGCUCCUCCGUCUGUCGGAGCAACGCUGCAGGAGCCAGUGGGCUCCACUCUGAGCUGCAUCUGGAGCUGCUGUCUCCAAGGGGACGCAAUUAAGGCAUCUGCAGCCCCAUCUCCAUCUCCCCCAAUUGACUUCCAGCCAAAUCUACCAUUAGCAUGCAAUACUGGAUGUGUUUACAAAUGCUGCACUAACACACAAUCAUGGCUGACUCGUCCAUCUUAGCCCAGAGCUAAGUGGAUAUUUAUUAGCUUUCUGACCAAUGAUGAAACAGCCAAUUGUGAAUGAAUGAGUGAAAUGUUUAGUGACAUAAUACAUUAUACUAGUCAGGUGAUGAAACCAUUUACUUGGUGUCUACUUCAUUUAGAAGAUAUUGAUAUGAAUUGAUGAUUUAUUUAAGGUUUUAUUGGGAUGACUAGAGACAUUGUGAUGUGUGUGUUUCUCUACAGUGCAUCCCGGUGCCGGACAUCAGCAAGCCCCAGUCGACCCACGCCUUCGCCAUGACAUGCAUCUGGAUCCACCUGAACCGCAAGGCUCAGAACGACAACUCCAAGCUGCAGAUCCCCAUCCCCCACUCCCUCAAGCUGCAUCAUGAGUAAGAGACUGUCUCCUCUAUCAAUCAAUCAAUCAAAUGUAUUUUAAAAAGCCAAUUUUACACUAGCAGUUGUCACAAAGUGUUUAUACAGAUACCCAGCCUAAAACCUCAAAGAGCAAGCAAUGCAGAUGCAAAAGCACAGUGGCUAGGAAAAACUCCCUAGGAAGGCAGGAACCUAGGAAGAAACCUAGAGAGGAACCAGGCUCUGAGGGGUGGCCAGUCCUCUUCUGGCUGUGCAGGGUGGAGAUUAUAAGAGUACAUGGCCAUUAAGGUCAGAUUGUUCUUAAAGACGUUCAAACGUUCAUAGAUGACCAGCUGGGUAAAAUAAUAACCACAGUGGUUAUAGCGAGUGCAUCAGUUCAACACCUCAGGAGUAAAUGUCAGUUGGCUUUUCAUAGCCGAGCAUUCAGAGGUCCUGACAGCUGGUCCCGCAGAGAGAGAAUGUCAAAACAGCAGCUCUACCUUUAGAGACCAAUAGGUACUUAACACCAGCUCUUGUAUGUCAUGUUGUCUACUAGAAAGCUCAUAAGGAAUCACUUAGGCAGCCAGUCUAAAAGUGUUAGUAGUCAGUGGUCACCAACUUGCAGUAUACCGUGCAUUUGGAAAGUAUUCAGACCCCUUGACCUUUGUAACAUUUUGUUACGUUACAUCCUUAUUCUAAAAUUGAUUACAUUAUACUUUUUUUCUCAUCAAUCUACACACAAUACACUCCAUAAUGACAAAGCGAUAACAGGUUUUUAGAUUUGUUUUGCAAAAAACAAAUACCUUAUUUACAUAAGUAUUCAGACCCUUUGCUAUGAGACUCAAAAUUGAGCUCAGGUGCAUCCUGUUUCCAUUGAUCAUCCUUGAGAUGUUUCUACAACCUAAUUGGAGUCCACCUGUGGUAAAUUCAAUUGAUUGGAAAUGACUUGGAAAGACACACGCCUGUCUAUAUAAGGUCCCACAGUUGACAGUGCAUGUCAGAGCAAAAACCAAGCCAUGAGGUCGAAGGAAUUGUCCGUAGAGCUCCAAGACAGGAUUGUGUUGAGGCACCGAUCUGGGGAAGGGUACUAAAAAAUGUCUGCAGCAUUGAAGGUCCCCAAGAACACAGUGGCCUCCAUUAUUCUUAAAUGGAAGAAGUUUGGAACCACCUAGACUCUUCCUAAAGCUGGCCGCCCGGUCGGGGGAUAAGGGCCUUGGUCAGGGAGGUGAUCGAGGGAAAGAUGAACGGAGCAAAGUACAGAGAGAUCCUUGAUGAAAACCUGCUCCAGAGCACUCAGGACCUCCGACUGGGGCGAAGGUUCACCUUCCAAUAGGACAACGACCCUAAGCACACAGCCAAGACAACGCAGGAAUGGCUUCGGGACAAGUCUCUGAAUGCCCUUGAGUGGCCCAGCCAGAGACCGGACUUGAACCCAAUCGAACAUCUCUGGAGAGACCUGAAAAUAGCUGUGCAGCGACGCUCCCCAUCCAACCUGACAGAGCUUGAGAGGAUCUGCAGAGAAGAAUGGGAGAAACUCCCAUACAGGUGUGCCAAGCUUGUACCGUCAUGCCCAAGAAAACUCAAGGCUGUAAUCGCUGCCAAAGGUGCUUCAACAAAGUAAAGGGUCUGAAUACUUACGUAAAUGUGAUAUUUCAGUUUUUAUUUAUUUAUACAUUUGCAAACAUUUCUAAAAACCUGUUUUUGCUUUGUCAUAAUGGGGUAUUGUGUGUAAAUUGAUGAGAAAAACAAAACAAUUGAAUCCAUUUUAGAAUAAGGCUGUAAUGUAACAAAAUGUGGAAAAAGUCAAGGGAUCUGAAUACUUUCCGAAUGCACUGUAACUCACAGAUGCAUGAUUUGUGAUGCCUUGAUAGUCAGUUUGAGAUAAAAGCAACAUCUCAAAUCUGGGAUUCGAUUGCAUUUAAACUGAUUGCCUCCUAUCCCCUGUAAUAUUGUAUUCUACCUGUCCUUUUGUGUUUAGGUUUCUCCAGCAGAGCCUGAGGAACAAGUCCCUGGGGAUGACAGACUAUAAGAUCGCCCUGCUGUGUAAUGCCUACUCCACUAACUCCGAGUGCUUCACUCUGCCCAUGGGCGUGCUGGUGGAGACUAUCUAUGGCAACGGCAGCAUGCGCAUCACCCUGCCUGGCACCAACUGUACCGCAUCAGGCUCUGUCACACCACUACCCAUGAACCUCCUGGACUCCCUCACCGUCCACGCCAAGAUGAGGUGGGCAAUGCUUACCAUAGAGAUAGAUACUGUAUCUAUAGUCCCUACAACCACUACUACUGUUCCUUUCGUUGGUGCUGUCAGGAUAUCACAGCAACAUCCAAAGUAAUACUUCAUUUAGUUAGAGCUCUUACUAGGGGUUAUUGAAGUAAGAAUGGAACAGUCUCAGUCUACGGGAGGCUUACAGAAAGACUUGAGGAUGCAUCCUAUGGUGUUUUUAAUUAACUAAAAAAACACCCUGCUUGAAAUGCUUUGCUAAUAAUAAUCUACUUAAAUGCAUUAUUUUAGACCCCUGCCAAGUUUUUUUUUUUUAAGGACAUGCCAUUAUGCAAUUUUAUUCACAUUUAAACUGCCCUAUUUAAAAUGCAAUAAGGCUUGGAUAAUUCGUUUGAAUUUAAACACAUAACAUUUACACGUUGUCAUUUUCCCCCGCUCGGUUUAGUGUAGCCCAGGGUGUAUGAAAUGAAAUGGCUCUGUGCUAAAUUACAAAGAACAGAUGAGAGCGUUGAAGAGUGAUGUCUUCUCCCUCUCCUGUUGAUCACUGUUGUAUUCUCCCUGCUGUUAGUUGCCAUUUACAACCAAAGGAUAGAGGGUGAUAGUGAUGAGUUUAAACAGCAUCCAUCCAUUUCAACCUAAAAGCUAUUUUUACAGAUGAGUGGGUUCUACUUUUUUUUUUAAUCUGCUCUGGCUGCUUUGCAGAUGAUUCAGUGCUUAUUCAUUUUACAAUAAAGCCAUCUGCAAUUUCUGAGCCAAUAAUGCCUCGAACAUUCAGCUAUUUUCUGCAAAUACCAACACUUGCAUAAGUAGUAUUCUGACAGAUUUGUGAUCAAAGCAUAAUAAAUAAGGUGAAAACUGCAUACAUUAGUCAAAUCUCAUUCACAUUUCUCCUGUACGUUCAGCCUGAUCCAUAGCAUCGCCACGCGGGUGAUCAAGUUGGCCCACGCCAAGUCCAGCAUCGCCCUGGCCCCAGCCCUGGUGGAGACCUACAGCAGACUGCUGGUCUACAUGGAGAUAGAAUCUCUGGGCAUCAAAGGAUUCAUCAGUAAGUCCUGCAGUCUCUGAAUCCCCUUAUAGACCUUAUCAAUCCCUGCCUGCAUUUUUUCAAAAAGAGACCUGGUUCAUGUUCAGAAAGGCACACCAUAACAAAAUGUUUUGCAACGGAAAAACUAAAAUGUGUGUUCUUAUUUGACAAGUUCAGUUUGUAGCUCCCAGUUUCCAAAUGUUUUCUCCCUGCUGUGUUCGACCCUGGCCUGAGCGGCAGCAUGGCCAGCUUAACUGUAUUACAAAUGGAUCACAGAUGUUCUAACUACAACAACAUGAUGUUCUGUUUUACCAGGCCAGCUCCUGCCCAAUGUGUUCAAGUCCCACGCCUGGGGCAUCCUUCACACUCUGCUGGAGAUGUUCAGCUACCGUAUGCACCACAUCCAGCCCCACUACCGCGUCCAGCUGCUCAGUCACCUGCACUCGCUUGCUGCCGUGCCCCAGACCAACCAGAACCAGCUGCACCUCUGGUCAGUAACCACAGGAUCAGGCACAGUCAGACACCAUUUUUAGGGCCAGGGCCCGGUUGCAUAAAACACCUUAAGUUAAUUUCCCCCCUUAUCUUUUCCCUUAAAGUUUCCUUAAUUUUAAUAAGUCAGUUGCACAAAACAUUUUAAGUUGAAUUCCCCCCUUUAAUUAAGUGAAAAAGUUAAAGGUGCCCUUGAGGUCCCUUAACUGCUUCAUUCAGUAUGACUAUAAAUGUAAACAGCAUUUGUGGAGGUGAAUGUUGCUUUCAUCUGCCCUGGCUACAAAAGGAACACAUCAACCAGCUAGCUACUUAGCUAAACAAUGGAAGAUGCACAGUCCAUGGCUACAAAGUUAGCUGGCUAGUUAGCUAGCUACUCUGUAAGCUAGCUUGAAGUGCUAGCAAGUAAUAGAAACAAGUUGAGAAAAAAGUAACUACAAGAAACGUGGUUUAUAAUCAUCUGAAGGAAUUUGGUUGUCCUGUUUUGAUUGUAGACGUUCUAUUUUACUAUCUCACAAAAUAAAUGUGAUCUCUUUGACAAUAUGUUUUGUCAGUGAAUCAGGCAGUCUCCAUGGUAACCAGAUACUCUUUCUACAGUACAUACCUUCAAACUACCAUAAAACCCCUUAAGUAUGCCCUUACGUAAAGGAAUAUUUGAGGAGCUCUAUGCAACGCCCUUAAACAAUUCCCUUAGGUAAGGGAAAAUUACUUAAGAUGUUUUAUGCAACUGGGCCCAGGAGAUUUUUUCUGACCUUGUGAUCUGACCAGGAAACACUCCACACCCUAGUUGUAAUUAUAUAAUAUAACUAGGGCCCUGAAUAUUUCCUGGUUAGGUAAUUUGGCCAGUAAAAACUCCUGGCUUCACCUACAGUGAGGGGAAAAAAAGUAUUUGAUCCCCUGCUGAUUUUGUACAUUUGCCCACUGACAAAGAAAUGAUCAGUCUAUAAUUUUAAUGGUAGGUUUAUUUGAACAGUGAGAGACAGAAUAACAAAAAAAAUAUCCAGAAAAACGCAUGUCAAAAAUGUAAUAAAUUGAUUUGCAUUUUAAUGAGGGAAAUAAGUAUUUGACCCCCUCUCAAUCAGAAAGAUUUCUGGCUCCCAGGUGUCUUUUAUACAGGUAACGAGCUGAGAUUAGGAGCACACUCUUAAAGGGAGUGCUCCUAAUCUCAGCUUGUUACCUGUAUAAAAGACACCUGUCCACAGAAGCAAUCAAUCAAUCAGAUUCCAAACUCUCCACCAUGGCCAAGACCAAAGAGCUCUCCAAGGAUGUCAGGGACAAGAUUGUAGACCUACACAAGGCUGGAAUGGGCUACAAGACCAUCGCCAAGCAGCUUGGUGAGAAGGUGACAACAGUUGGUGCGAUUAUUCGCAAAUGGAAGAAACACAAAAUAACUGUCAAUCUCCCUCGGCCUGGGGCUCCAUGCAAGAUCUCACCUCGUGGAGUUGCAAUGAACAUGAGAACGGUGAGGAAUCAGCCCAGAACUACACGGGAGGAUCUUGUCAAUGAUCUCAAGGCAGCUGGGUCCAUAGUCACCAAGAAAACAAUUGGUAACACGCUAUGCCGUGAAGGACUGAAAUCCUGCAGCGCCCGCAAGGUCCCCCUGCUCAAGAAAGCACAUACAGGCCCGUCUGAAGUUUGCCAAUGAACAUCUGAAUGAUUCAGAGGAGAACUGGGUGAAAGUGUUGUGGUCAGAUGAGACCAAAAUCGAGCUCUUUGACAUCAACUCAACUCGCCGUGUUUGGAGGAGGAGGAAUGCUGCCUAUGACCCCAAGAACACCAUCCCCACCGUCAAACGUUGAGGUGGAAACAUUAUGCUUUGGGGGUGUUUUUCUGUUAAAGGGACAGGACAACUUCACCGCAUCAAAGGGACGAUGGACGGGGCCAUGUACCGUCAAAUCUUAGGUGAGAACCUCCUUCCCUCAGCCAGGGCAUUGAAAAUGGGUCGUGGAUGGGUAUUCCAGCAUGACAAUGACCCAAAACACACGGCCAAGGCAACAAAGGAGUGGCUCAAGAAGAAGCACAUUAAGGAGUGGCCUAGCCAGUCUCCAGACCUUAAUCCCAUAGAAAAUCUGUGGAGGGAGCUGAAGGUUUGAGUUGCCAAGCAUCAGGCUCGAAACCUUAAUGACUUGGAGAAGAUCUGCAAAGAGGAGUGGGACAAAAUCCCUCCUGAGAUGUGUGCAAACCUGGUGGCCAACUACAAGAAACAUCUGACCUCUGUGAUUGCCAACAAGGGUUUUGCCACCAAGUACUAAGUCAUGUUUUGCAGAGGGGUCAAAUACUUAUUUCCCUCAUUAAAAUGCAAAUCAAUUUAUAACAUUUUUGACAUGCGUUUUUCUGGAUUUUGUUGUUGUUAUUCUGUCUCUCACUGUUCAAAUAAACCUACCAUUAAAAUUAUAGACUGAUCAUUUCUUUGUCAGUGGGCAAACGUACAAAAUCAGCAGGGGAUCAAAUACUUUUUUCCCUCACUGUACGUGGUCAGCACCACAGGGGUUACAGGUCCUUGAGCUCCUGCGUAGGCAGGCAGGGCUUAUUACAAUCAUGCUGACUCUGACAGAAACAUAAGACCAGAAAGGAUUUAGUACUAGUCUAUACUCUGGGGUCAAGCCAGUGCAAGCCAAGGUGUUAUACAACAGUGUCUUAAAAUGUAAAGAGGAAUGAUGUGCUAUUGAGCGGAAGUAAUUCAUUGUCAAUUCAAUAAGAACGUUCCAUAUAAACAUAGAAAUGGGUCAGCGCUUUGCAAAGACGCAACUCUGUACAUAAACACUAGCUUUUACUGUCAUAUAAAAGUAACCUUUUUGUCUUCCUGUUUCUGUGUCCUCAGUGUUGAGAGCACAGCGUUAAGGUUGAUCACAGCGUUAGGGAGUUCCGAGGUUCAGCCUCAGUUCACCCGCUUCCUCAGUGACCCCAAAACGGUGCUGUCAGCUGAAUCUGAGGAGCUCAAUCGUGCCCUCAUCCUCACUCUGGCCAGAGCCACCCACGUCACAGGUCUGCAUCUAUCUAACCUACACUACUGGUCAAAAGUUUUAGAACACCUGCUCAUUCAAGGGUUUUUCUUUAUUUGUACUAUUUUCUACAUUGUAGAAUAAUAGUGAAGACAUCAAAACUAUGAAAUAACACAUAUGGAAUCAUGUAGUAACCAAGAAAGUGUUAAACAAAUCAAAAUAUAUUUUAUAUUUGAGAUUCUUCAAAUAACCACCCUUUGCCUUGAUGACAGCUUUGUACACUCUUGGCAUUCUCUCAACCAGCUUCAUGAGGUAGUCACCUAUACAGAAGAUAGCCCAAUUUGGUAAAAGACCAAGUCCAUAUUAUGGCAAGAACAGCUCAAAUAAGCAAAGAGAAACAACAAUCCAUCAAUACUUUAAGACAUGAAGGUCAGUCAAUACGGAAAAUGUCAAGAACUUUGAAAGUUUCUUCAAGUGCAGUCGCAAAAACCAUCAUGUCUUUGUGAAGGCAGAGUGAAGGAAAAGCAGCCAACAAGUGCUCAGCAUAUGUGGGAACUCCUUCAAGACUGUUGGAAAAGCAUUCCAGGUGAAGCUGGUUGAGAGAAUGCCAAGAGUGUGCAAAGCUGUCUGUCAUCAAGGCAAAGGGUGGCUACUUUGAAAAAUCUCAAAUAUGUUUAACACUUAUUUGGUUACUACAUGAUUCCAUAUGUGUUAUUUCAUAGCUUUGAUAUCUUCGCUGUUAUUCUACAAUGUAGAAAAUAGUAAAAAUAAAGAAAAACCCUUGAAUGAGUAGGUGUUCUAAAACUUUUGACCGGUAGUGAAUAUGUAAUGUUACUUCAACAUUUAACACGUGUCUGAUAAUGGUUGUGAAACUCAUUAUAGGUCAGUGUAAUGCUGACUAGUAGGUUAGCAUUAACAAAACGUUAUCCUAACCCAAGACUAAUUUUCCUUCCACUGCUUUCUCUGGUCCAGAUUUCUUCACAGGCUCUGACUCCAUCCAGGGUACGUGGUGUAAGGACAUCCUGCAGACCAUCAUGAACUUUACUCCUCAUAACUGGGCCUCUCACACCCUUAGCUGCUUCCCUGCUCCUCUUCAGGUACAGAGAGAUAGUCACUAACUGGGAUUAGGGUUUAUGUCUACGGGGGCAGCCAUAGAGAAUUAAGAAAAACACAUAUCUGUGUGCGUGUUCCCCCAGGCGUUCUUCAAGCAGAACAACGUUCCCCAGGAGAGCCGCUUCAACCUGAAGAAGAACGUGGAGGAGGAAUACAGGAAGUGGAAGAGCAUGACCAAUGAGAACGACAUCAUCACCCACUUCUCCAUGCAGGGAUCGCCGCCCCUCUUCCUGUGUCUGCUUUGGAAGAUGCUGCUGGAGACUGACCACAUCAACCAGAUCGGCUUCAGGUACACCACAAAGUAUUCACUUCUUUUCUAUUCUAUUUUACACAUGAUCACACACUGGUUGCACAACACUUAACCAUUUUAUUUGUGCGUUUAUUAAAUGUGUUUGACAGAGACAGUACACAUUAAUCAACGUUUGAAGUUCAACAUCUCUUCACAUCAAUUCAUAUUUAACGGUAGCAGGACCAUAUACUGUAGAUUUGUUCUCAUUGUCCUGCUGAUGUAUGGUCAUUAAUAAAUAGUAUAAGGUAACCUGGGACCAUUUUAAUAAGGUCAACAUUCUGAUUGGCUGAGUUCUGUGAAUGUUAAGUGAGUGGGAAAAAGAGGGCAUGGCUUCCCUGUGGUGCAGCUGCUCCCUCUCCAGACAAAGGACGGUUUUGUGGAUGGAAAAGCCUGACCACACACACAGACCUACCUCUCCUCAACAUCACACUUGUCAUUCUAAUCACGAGCUCUGGGAGAUAAUAACCUCGACACGCUCUGACAGCACCAAUACAGCUCCGCUGCCGCUAUCAUCUUGUGUUUUUAAUUUAUUUCUCUGAGCUUUUUUCCCAAGACACAGUCUGUACUAGCAAGGCAGUUUUAAAGUACUUUCUGAAGCAGAAGUCAUGGCGACUGCCUGACAACCUGUAGUCAGUGCCGUCCUGCUAAAGUGCUGUUGCUGAUUCCAUCUUACAGUGUGGAAAUCAGCACAGCAUCACAACCAAUCCCUGGAGCCAGAUUUCUGGCAUGUGAUGAGUGCUACUGUUCCAUAGAGGCUAUGUGCUGUCUGCUUUCUCUGCAGGCCAGGGGUUUGAGGGGAUUGGAGAGCAGAGCUUUUCUGCUUAUCACCAGGCAGGAGGAGUGAAUUGGCUGUGAAGGCCUGUUGUUUGCAUAACCCUCCGGAGAGAGUUUCUGCAAAAGUUCUUAAACACUCCAAUGACUCCCUCCCAAGCACCUUCUAUCCCUCUCUCUCUCUCCCUCUCUCUCUAUCUCUAUCCCUCCCUGGCACUUUCUUUCCAACUCUCCCUCUUUCUCUCUCCAUCUCUCGUCUGUAGGAAAGAAUCUGUGGCCUCUCCCUCUGUCCCACACAGAGUUUAAGUGUGAGGAAUGAGAAUAGCCUUCUCUACUGUAAACCUGCCUGGGCUCUUUACGUCACUACCCAGUCGAGAGUGAUGGCUUUCCUCGAGUAGGUGUUCAUGCACCGCACGCCACCAUUUGUAAUAUGAUUUACCGCCAGUGAAAGGUAUUUUGCAACAGGGCUUUUAAGACGUGACUAAGGACUUUGAUGGGAUAGUGCUCCCGCUUUUGCGGUGACUGGCUGCUGGUAAUGACAGCCUGUUAAUACAACUGAGCUGGUACAGUAAAACUGCUCUCUUCCUGUCCUCUAAAUAGGGCCUGUCUGCUAGGAAGCUGGAGCCUGGGGGAUUGGGAGAUGUCAGUGGUGGUUGUGGUUGUGGUAGACCCGUGGGGCGGCGCGCAAUUGGCCCAGGGUAGGGGAGGGAAUGGCCGGCAGGGAUGUAGCUCAGUUGGUAGAGCAUGGUGUUUGCAACGCCAGGGUUGUGGGUUCGAUUCCCACAGGGGGUAUGAAAAAAUAUAUAUAUAUAUAUUAAUGUAUGCACUGUAAGUCGCUCUGGAUAAGAGCGUCUGCUAAAUGACUUAAAUGUAAAAAAAUGUAGGGCCAGGUGGGGUGGUAGGAAGGCCACCCAAAGGGGCACUACCAAUGGGAAGGGGCUGCUGGGGGCCCUAGGUUUGGCUCUCAGCUUCUGAAUGCUGUUAUAAUAAUAAUAAUAAUAAUAACACACCGACACAUACACUCACACACGCACUAGAAGCAGAUGGUGUCAGAAAGCUGUUUGGUGGUUGUUUGUGUUGAUGAUUGCUGUAAGAGUGCUGAUGGUGUUUGAGAUAACAGCUUUGCGUUGAAUCAUGAAGUAAUUGUGUUAUUGACAGAUGGCCUUUUGAAUUCAGAGGAAUGAAUACUAACUAGUAAUGAUGACUCAUGGUAAACAAGCAAUGGUACUGUACAUUAUGUUAAUUUGACGUGUGACUGUGCAUGUGUCUGUCUGUCUGUGUGUUGUGAGACGAGGCCGUCCUCCUGACCAGCCGUGUGUCCUGUCUUGCCCCAGGGUUCUGGAGAGGAUCGGGGCGCGGGCGCUGGUGGCCCAUGUCAGGACGUUUGCAGACUUCCUGGUCUAUGAGUUCUCCACGUCGGCCGGUGGCCAGCAGCUCAACAAGUGUAUCGAGAUCCUCAACGACAUGGUGUGGAAGUACAACAUUGUCACGCUGGACAGACUCAUCCUGUGUCUGGUAAGGAUGAGACAAUGCAUUUGAAACUAUGGGCCAGUCAUAUGGUUUUCCUCAAAUUAAGUAUUUGAAAGCUUCAGUCACAUUAAUAAUUACGUUUUCAGAUGAUGUACAUUAAUAUCUCAUUGUUCAAUAUAAAUCUGGUUCAGUUGUGAUAUAACAAUGUUUAAUUCCCUACUAACCUCUUCCCAAUCACUUCCCUCGCUCUUAUCUUAUCUCCCUCUCCUCCCCCUUCUCCUCUCCAGGCCAUGAGGAGUCACGAGGGUAAUGAGGCCCAGGUCUGCUACUUCAUCAUCCAGCUCCUCCUCCUCAAGCCCAACGACUUCCGCAACCGUGUCUCCGACUUCGUCAAGGAGAACGCCCCCGAGCACUGGCUGCAGAGCGACUGGCACACCAAGCACAUGGCCUACCACAAGGUACCGUACUGGCCCCAACCCUGGAGGUCUGACUGACAGCUCCAGCAUGAAAAGAGCAACGCUGCCUGAAAGACCGUCUGAAAAGAACCACUGAGCACAGAGAGGGGUUCAAGGCGAUACGAACGUAAAUGUCAACGGGCGGCCACUAUAGUUCAGCCUGCACCGUUGCCUGUUGACAUUUGGCCCUGUUUUUAAAUGUGACAUUUACAUUGGCUGGGCUGGGAUUUCAACUGAGCCUUCUGUGGAGUUAGCUGGGUUAAGUCUCCAUCUGUUCUACUGUGGUGACUGAAUAACCUCCACUCACUGUUUCACUGCUCCCAAGCUUGCUCUUUUAAUAAAGCUUAAAGGUGAUACAGUUCCAUUUGACUUGGACUGUUGUUUUCUUCCCUAUGAUAACAGAAAUACCCGGAGAAGCUGUACUUUGAGGGCUUGGCAGAGCAGGUGAACCCACCCAUGCAGCAGCAGUCCCACUACCUGCCCAUCUACUUUGGUAACGUGUGCCUGCGCUUCCUGCCCGUCUUUGACAUUGUCAUCCACCGCUUCCUGGAGCUGCUGCCUGUCUCCAAGUCCCUGGAGACCUUACUGGACCACCUGGGAGGACUCUACAAGUUCCACGGUGAGGGAAGGGGAGAAGAACAUGGGGAAUAGUUCUGGUCUGUUGCUUUGAUUGUAUAUACAGCCUGGGGGGUAUACUAACAUCUCGAAAGAGCACUGAUAGAAAACCCCUUUAUUAAUCAAUGUUAUGCUUGUACAUUUGGAAUGAUGUGAUGUGAUGAGGUCUGUUCAGAUGGUGGGUCUAAUUGAACUAACUGAAGUGUGUGUUUCUCUGUGUCGUCUCCAGACCGUCCGGUGACCUACCUGUACAACACGCUCCACUACUACGAGCGUCACCUGCGUGAACGCACCAACCUGAAGAGGAAGCUGGUGCACGCCAUCAUGAGCUCUCUGAAGGACAACCGGGCGCCAGGCUGGUGCCUGAGUGAGACCUACAUCAAGUGUGGCAUGAACCCCCGUGAAGACAACAUCUGGAUCCCCGAUGACACCUACUACUGCAAGCUCAUCGGACGCCUCGUCGACAAUAUCCUUUCUUGUUGUUUAUGCCGGAGCACAUUUGACCUGUCCAAAUCAUUAUCAGACAGUUUUCUAUGUCUCUGUCCUGUUGGGAUGUUCAGACUGAUGAAAAGUAGUCUUAUAACAUCUGUGAGGGAAUAGUUGAUGUGCUAGAUUGCUAGAAAUUAUUUCCUAGAAUAACAGUCUAUGGUGUAUUCACACACUGUUGUGUAGAUGGAGUGCUCUCCCAAUGAUGAGUAUCUUCAGUAUCAUCCUUGACCUGCUGUCUCACCGAUGGCUGGCAAGUCCCCCGGGCCGUUCCCUAACUGUGACUGGAGAUUCAACGAGUUCCCCAACCCGGCCGCCCAUGCUCUCCACGUCACCUGUGUAGAGCUGAUGGCCCUAGCAGUGCCCGGCAAGGAGGUGGGCAACGCCCUGCUCAGCGUCGUCCUCAAGAGGUCAGAAUGGGGUCAUAGAUCAAACAGGGGCCAGUAAGCAGCCAAUUAGAGGGGAGAUUGAACGGUCUCUAGGCUAUAUAAACAACCACAGUCUUGUAUGUUGAUUGCACUGCUCUCUUGAUGCGUGUGUAAAUGUUCCCUCAUUAUGCAGAUGUUAUUGUGUGAGGAAUGGAGGAUGAGUAAUCUUAAAGUGGUGCUGAAUCACUGCAGUGUGUUAGCUUUCUGCAGAGCUCAGUUAGACCUGUGUGCCCCUCUAGAUGACAGUGUCUGUAUCUGUAUGGUGUUGUGAUUGAUUGGCCUCUUGAUGUCAUGUCAUGUCAUGUGACCUCCCUCACAGCCAACCGCUGGUGCCUCGGGAGAACAUCACAGCCUGGAUGAACGCUAUCGGCCUGGUGAUCACUGCCUUGCCUGUAAGACUCAGCUCUGUUCACACACACACACUAGCACAAAGGCUUUGUUACAUAUCAGCAACAUAUUGCGCCAGGAAUCUGUAGUCUACGGCCCACAGCAAAGUUUCCACUAUCCAUGAAAAACAAAGUCCAUAAAUUGUUGGUCUUACUGCUCACAAUGUAAUUCUGUGCAGCCAGACAGUAGUGACAGCUUUACCCAAAUAAACAUCUACAUCCUUCAGCUGUCCUCCAGACUCCAGAGAACUGUCUGGAAGCCUCUCUAAGGUCUGAAACGUGAGCUAAACGGUAUGCGUGUCUGUCUGUGUCUGCGUGUCUCUUUCGUCUCUCUAGGAGCCUUACUGGGUGGUCCUGCAGGACCGUAUUGUGAGUGUGCUGGGCAGUCCGUGCCUCACCACAGAGACUGAGUGGGUGGGGUACCCCUUCGCGCUGCUGGACUUCACCGCCUACCACCAGUCCUACUCCGAGAUGUACUGCAGCUACGUGCUGGCCCUGGCCCACGCCGUGUGGCACCACUCCAGCAUCGGACAGCUCUCCCUUAUUCCCAAGUAAGACCCAACAGUAGCCCCCUGAUUAGCUGUUCUCCAGCCCUCUAGUCCUGGUCCACCAGCUGCCCCCUGAUUAGCUGUUCUCCAGCCCUCUAGUCCUGGUCCACCAGCUGCCCCCUGAUUAGCUGUUCUCCAGCCCUCUAGUCCUGGUCCACCAGCUGCCCCCUGAUUAGCUGUUCUCCAGCCCUCUAGUCCUGGUCCACCAGCUGCCCCCUGAUUAGCUGUUCUCCAGCCCUCUAGUCCUGGUCCACCAGCUGCCCCCUGAUUAGCUGUUCUCCAGCCCUCUAGUCCUGGUCCACCAGUAGCUCUGCUCCUAACUCUCCUCACCAAGUAAGGCCCUCCAGUCAUGGGGUACGUCCCAAUAAUACCUCCUUUCUUCUGAAGUCUACACUCAUUCACUACUUCCCACAAAUCUAAAAGCAUUGGAUUGGUGGAGACAUGGGGUAGUGGCAGUUUCCACCAUAUUUCUUAUAUCAGUCAAUGGGGUUUUCUCGUUUGGGCAAAAGACCAUCCUCCUUCCUCUGUCCUCUGUCCUCUAUCCUCCGUGACCAGGAAACCGAUAAGUGGUUGAGGAGUGUGUCAAUUGCUUGGUAGGCAAACGGAAGAGUGUCCUCCCCUCUUCGAUAGCCAUCUUUCAUCGAGGAUACUUGUGUAUCCUACCACGGAAGAGUUUUGAAAUCUGCCACACCCCCUUUGAAUCAGCUAUUGUUUUGUCAGAGGAGAAAAACAUGCCCACGUUUAAAAACAAUAUGCUACUUAUUGGUUUAUCAAAAUAUCUUGAACAUCUACAGUUGAAGUCGGAAGUUUACAUACACUUAUUUUUCAACCACUCCACAAAUUUCUUGUUAACAAACUAUAGUUUUGGCAAGUCGGUUAGGACAUCUACUUUGUGCAUGAUAAAAGUCAUUUUUCCAUCAAUUGUUUACAGACAGUUUAUUUCACUUAUAAUUCACUAUCACAAUUCCAGUGGGUCAGAAGUUUACAUACACUAAGUUGACUGUGCCUUUUAAACAGCUUGGAAAAUUCCAGAAAAUAAUGUUGUGGCUUUAGAAGCUUCUGAUAGGCUAAUUGACAUCAUUUUAGUCAAUUGGAGGUGUACCUGUGGAUGUAUUUCAAGGCCUACCUUCAGACUCAGUGCCUCUUUGCUUGACAUCAUGGGAAAAUCAAAAGCCAUCAGAAAAAACAUUGUAGACCUCCACAAGUCUGGUUCAUCCUUGGGAGCAAUUUCCAAAUGCCUGAAGGUACCACGUUCAUCUGUACAAACAAUAGUACGCAAGUAUAAACACCAUGGGACCACGCAGCCAUCAUACCGCUCAGGAAGGAGAUGCGUACUUUGGUGCGAAAAGUGCAAAUCAAUCCCAGAACAGCAGCAAAGGACCUUUGUGUAUUUUAUACACUGCCAAUUUUGCAGGUUUUCCUACUUACAAAGCAUGUAGAGGUCUGUAAUUUUUAUCAUAGGUACACUUCAACUGUGAGAGACGGAAUCUAAAACAAAAAUCCAGAAAAUCACAUUGUAUGAUUUUUAAGUAAUUAAUUUCCAUUUUAUUGCAUGACAUAAGUAUUUGAUACAUCAGAAAAGCAGAACUUAAUAUUUGGUACAGAAACCUUUGUUUGCAAUUACAGCGAUCAUACGUUUCCUGUAGGUCUUGACCAGGUUUGCACACACUGCAGCAGGGAUUUUGGCCCACUCCUCCAUGCAGACCUUCUCCAGAUCCUUCAGGUUUCGGGGCUGUCGCUGGGCAAUACGGACUUUCAGCUCCCUCCAAAGAUUUUCUAUUGGGUUCAGGUCUGGAGACUGGCUAGGCCACUCCAGGACCUUGAGAUGCUUCUUACAGAGCCACUCCUUAGUUGCCCUGGCUUUGUGUUUCGGGUCGUUGUCAUGCUGGAAGACCCAGCCACGACCCAUCUUCAAUGCUCUUACUGAGGGAAGGAGGUUCUUGGCCAAGAUCUCGCGAUACAUGGCCCCAUCCAUCCUCCCCUCAAUACGGUGCAGUCGUCCUGUCCCCUUUGCAGAAAAGCAUCCACAAAGAAUGAUGUUUCCACCUCCAUGCUUCACGGUUGGGAUGGUGUUCUUGGGGUUGUACUCAUCCUUCUAUUCUAUUUGUGUCUCAUCAGACCACAUGACCUUCUCCCAUUCCUCCUCUGGAUCAUCCAGAUGGUCAUUGGAAAACUUCAGAUGGGCCUGGAAAUGCGCUGGCUUGAGCAGGGGGACCUUGCGUGUGCUGCAGGAUUUUAAUCCAUGACGGCUCUCUUCAGGUCAUUGACCAGGUCCUGCCGUGUAGUUCUGGGCUGAUCCCUCACCUUCCUCAUGAUCAUUGAUGCCCCACGAGGUGAGAUCUUGCAUGGAGCCCCAGACCAAGGAUGAUUGACCGUCAUCUUGAACUUCUUCCAUUUUCUAAUAAUUGCGCCAACAGUUGUUGCCUUCUCGCCAAGCUGCUUGCCUAUUGUCCUGUAGCCCAUCCCAGCCUUGUGCAGGUCUACAAUUUUAUCCCUGAUGUCCUUACACAGCUCUCUGGUCUUGGCCAUUGUGGAGAGGUUGGAGUCUGUUUGAUUGAGUGUGUGGACAAGUGUCUUUUAUACAGGUAACGAGUUCAAACAGGUGCAGUUAAUACAGGUAAUGAAUGGAGAACAGGAGGGCUUCUUAAAGAAAAACUAACAGGUCUGUGAGAGCCGGAAUUCUUACUGGUUGGUAGUUGAUCAAAUACUUAUGUCAUGCAAUAAAAUGCAAAUUAAUUACUUAAAAAUCAUACAAUGUGAUUUUCUGGAUUUUUGUUUUCGAUUCCGUCUCUCACAGUUGAAGUGUACCUAUGAUAAAAAUAACAGACCUCUACAUGCUUUGUAAGUAGGAAAACCUGCAAAAUCGGCAGUGUAUCAAAUACUUGUUCUCCCCACUGUAUAUCCACAGUAAAACGAGUCCUAUAUCGACAUAACCUGAAAGGCCGCUCAGCAAGGAAGAAGCCACUGCUCCAAAACCGCCAUAAAAAAGCCAGACUACGGUUUGCAACUGCACAUGGGGUCAAAGAUCGUACUUUUUGGAGAUAUUUCCUCUGGUCUGAUGAAACAAAAAUAGAACUGUUUGGCCAUAAUGACCAUUGUUAUGUUUGGAGGAAAAAGUGGGAUGCUUGCAAGCCGAAGAACACCAUCCCAACCGUGAAGCAGGGGGGUGGCAGCAUCAUGCUGUGGGGGUGCUUUGCUGCAGGAGGGACUGGUGCACUUCACAAAAUAGAUGGCAUCAUGAGGAAGGAAAAUUAUGUGGAUAUAUUGAAGAAACAUCUCAAGACAUCAGUCAGGAAGUUAAAGCUUGGUUGCAAAUGGGUCUUCCAAAUGGACAAUGACCCCAAGCAUACUUCCAGAGUUGUGGCAAAAUGGCUUAAGGACAACAAAGUCAAGGUAUUGGAGUGGCCAUCACAAAGCCCUGACCUCAAUGCUAUAGAAAAAGCGUGUGCGAGCAAGGAGGCCUACAAACCGGACUCAGUUACACCAGCUCUGUCAUGAGGAAUGGGCCAAAAUUCACCCAACUUAUUGUGGGAAGCUUGUGGAAGGCUACCCGAAACGUUUGACCCAAGUUAAACAAUUUAAAGGCAAUGCUACCAAAUACUAAUUGAGUUUAUGUAAACUUCUGACCCACUGGGAAUGUGAUGAAAGAAAUAAAAGCUGAAAUAAAGCAUUCUCUCUACUAUUAUUCUGACAUUUCACAUUCUUAAAAUAAACUGACCUAAGACAGGGAAUUGUUACUAGGAUUAAAUGUCAGGAAUUGUGAAAAACUGAGUUUAAAUGUCUUUGGCUAAGGUGUAUGUAAACUUCCGACUUCAACUGUAACUUAAUUUGUUUUGAUCACUUUACACAUUUAUUUUGGGAUCCAGCCCUGUAAAUGUCAUUUUCCUAAUGAUGCGCUAGUGGAGAAGGACCAUCUCAAUUCAAGCAAGCGCAUUUCCAUCCACGUUCACUCUCCUCUCCGACUCUUCUCGAUUAACUGACCUUUUUCAAAAGGAGGGGAUGGAGGAGAGAGGAUGUAGGAGGUGAGCAAAUCUAAUUGAUAAAAGGCCAUUUACUUUCAAAUGACUGAAGGGAAGUGAACAAGUACACACUUUGGGAGGAAGGAGAAAUAAUUGGGAAAUAGCCCCUCUAGCCUCCUCUCUCUCACUCCUUACCCCUUCUCCCUCCAUCCCCACCAUCUUGCCCCCUCCCUCAGCUCAGGCCCCUACCAGCCCAAGCCCACGUCUGACUUAUAUCAGAUGGGGUUUAGUUAAGACUGUCUGCUCCACUCCUACCCUGUGUUCAAUCACAGAGGGAUAGUCCUGCUGCCUCCCAGCUCAGGCUUAGCUUAGCAGGCCUUCUCAUCUAGCCUGGGAAUAUCUCCCCCUAUAACACUGUGUGUUCAGGCCUCGCUGGACUUCAAGCCCAAAGUGCCCUUGUGCUCCUGUGCUUCCGCCAGACUGUCAUGUAAAAUGACAGCAGAGCCCUGGCCUGCUGGGAUUACAUUACCAUGAAGCAGAUGGAAAGGCCUUAUGAUGAGACUCAGAGAAGUACAGUCACUAUCUACUGGGCUGGCUACAGCUCUCUGACAUUAUGUGAUGCUACUGUUUAAGAUGAGUAAUGUGCCCUUAAAUUGGAAUGAGCAUGGGGAUUCUAAUUUCAGGAAUUGGUGCAUAUAUGCCUACAUUUUCAUUGGUCCAAUAACAUUUAUAUGCAUGUUCUACCUGAAUAGUAUCUCAGAUUUCACAGAUUAUGAAAUAUUGUAAACAUUUCUUUAAAAAAAAUAUAUAUAUACAGCUGCGGAAAAACUUAAGAGACCACUGCAAAAUUAUCAGUUUCUCUGGUUUUACUAUUUAUAGGUAUGUGUUUGGGUAAAAAUAACAUUUUUGUUUUAUUCUAUAAACUACUGACAACAUUUCUCCCAAAUUCCAAAUAAAAAUAUUGUCAUUUAGAGAAUUUAUUUGCAGAAAAUGACAACUGGUCAAAAUAACAAAAAAGAUGCAGUGUUGUCAGACCUCGAAUAAUGCAAAGAAAAUAAGUUCAUGUUCAUUUUUAAACAACACAAUACUAAUGUUUUAACUUAGGAAGAGUUCAGAAAUCAAUAUUUGGUGGAAUAACCCUGAUUUUCAAUCACAGCUUUCAUGCGUCUUGGCAUGCUCUCCACCAGUCUUUCACAUUGAUGUUGGGUGACUUUAUGCCACUCCUGGCGCAAAAAUUCAAGCAGCUCGGCUUUGUUUGAUGGCUUGUGACCAUCCAUCUUCCUCUUGAUCACAUUCCAGAAGUUUUCAAUGGGGUUCAGGUCUGGAGAUUGGGCUGGCCAUGACAGGGUCUUGAUCUGGUGGUCCUCCAUCCACACCUUGAUUGACCUGGCUGUGUGGCAUGGUGCAUUGUCCUGCUGGAAAAACCAAUCCUCAGAGUUGGGGAACAAUGUCAGAGCAAAAGGAAGCAAGUUUUCUUCCAGGACAACCUUGUACGUGGCUUGAUUAAUGCGUCCUUCACAAAGACAAAUCUGCCCGAUUCCAGCCUUGCUGAAGCACCCCCAGAUCAUCACCGAUCCUCCAAAUUUCACAGUGGGUGCGAGACACUGUGGCUUGUAGGCCUCUCCAGGUCUCCGUCUAACCAUUAGACGACCAGGUGUUGGGCAAAGCUGAUAAUUGGACUCAUCAGAGAAGAUGACCUUACUCCAGUCCUCUACGGUCCAAUCCUUAUGGUCUUUUGCAAACCUCAGCCUGGCUCUUCUUUGCUUCUCAUUGAUAAAGGGCUUUUUUCUAGCUUUGCACGACUUCAGCCCUGCCCCUAGGAGCCUGUUUCGAACCGUCCUCGCCGUGCACUUCACCCCAGCUGCCGUUUGCCAUUCUUUUUGUAGGUCACUUGAUGUCAUCCUACAGUUGUUGAGUGACAUUCGAAUGAGUUGGCGGUCAUCCCGGUCAGUAGAGUCGUUUUUCGCCCUCUGCCGGUCUGUAGCUUUGUUGUCCCCAAUGUCUACUGUUUGACCUUGUUCUUAUGAACCGCUGUCUUUUGAAAUUUUAAGGAUGGAAGCAACCUGCCGCUCACUGUAUCCCUCUGCUAGUAAAGCCAGAAUUGAAACCUUCUUUUCCUCACUCAAAACUUUCCUUUUCAACUCUUUUGGCAUGGUCAAUAGUUCUUUUUUGAUUAAUAUUACUUUUGAGGUACUAUUAGCACUGUUUUUGCCAUCCAGCUGGUCCUAUUGCAAGAGGAUAGUGAUGACCACAGCAGUGGUUUUUAUACUUUUCCUCGUUAAAUAAGAUUUGGUUCAUGUGAUCACCUAAUCAGUACCUAAGUCAGUAGAAUGAGGUGUGCCUGUGUUGGAAUUCAACAGACACUGGAAUGGAAUGGCUGUCAUACAUGUAGAGAUGCUGAUUUAAGAAACAUUUGCAGUGGUCUCUUAAUUUUUUCCACAGCUGUAUAUAUUUUUUGCCUCUUUUUCUCCCCAAUUUCGUGAUAUCCAGUUGGUAGUUAGUCUUGUCCCAUGCUGGGACAAUUGUGCGCUGCCUCAUGGGUCUCCCGGUCACGUCCGGCUGUAACACAGCCUGUGAUCAAACCUGGGUCUGUAGUGAUGCCUUAGACCGCUGCGCCACUCGGGAGGCCCAAUAUUGUUUACUUUUGAAUUUGAAAAGCAACCAGAAAUACUGCAAAAGCAAUUUAUAUUCAAAAGCCAUUCUCUAGGACGUGCCAAGCCAAUCAGAAUCUGAGUGGGCAAGAUAUACGAUGACCUCUCCUUGCCAGGCAGUCAUUACCUUGGUGACUCCUCUCAGCCAGUGUUUGUGUUAGCGCUUCCACUCUACCGCGUUAUAGUGACAGGCAGGCUGCUGCUAUCCCCGGGCUGUCAUCAUCACUGUGGGCCGUGACACGUGGGAGAUCUCAGCAGGCGCCGCGGCAUCCUGACAACAGAGCCCGGUGACGAGACGCACCCCCAGUGGCAUGGGCAGCCAAGUGUGUACGCCUCACACUGACGCUUCUGGAACACAGAUCACACACAGCUCGCUCUGGAAAAACUCUGCACACACACAGACACCUGGGAUCUAUCUUGUCAUCUACGACCACACUGAGGCUUUGGUUCUGCUGUACCUGUGGUUUAUAUUCCACUGUCUCUGUUCAGAAAACCCUGUCAAUUAUCAUUUAAAUUCAUGAUAGUCUUCUUCCAUUUGCAUACAGCUCUCACAGUUCGAGCCUUAGUCGCUUUGAACAUCAGGUGCUUGGCUUUACAAAGCCUUCCACUACUUUCUUCUUCAGUCCUUUUCUCCUCCAUCCCAGCAUGUCUUUGAAAGAGAGCAGUCCAUUCUCUCCUCUUCAGUCUCGAUCUCUCUUUACGAGAAGUGUAACAUAUUCUCUCCUGUCCCUCCCCAGGUUCCUGUCUGAGGUGCUGAAGCCCAUAGUGAAGACAGAGUUCCAGCUCCUCUACGUGUACCACCUGGUGGGGCCCUUCCUCCAGCGCUUCCAACAGGAGAGGACCCGCUGCAUGCUGGAGGUACUGACUACUCCUGUCAAUAUAUACCCCCCUCCUCCAUCUCCCAGUACAACCCUAAUACAACCCUAUUAUACCAUACAAUCCCACACAAAAGGCCUGUAAAUUAAAUUCCCUUUCACACUCCCUUGACCAUUACAGAGAAUAGAGCUGAUGGUGUGUGUGUGCGUGCGUGCGUGCGUGUGUGUGUGUGAACGUUCGUAUGUGUGACAUGUACGUGUGGCCCUGAGGUUAAGCCCCAGUGCUGGCGCCCCAUUGCCACAGAUCUAACCCCCAGAAAAUGGACAAUAGCUGGGUAGAUUAAAGGGGAAUUAGGUGGCUCACUAAGAAAUCCUGUUGUUUGUGGAGAGGAGCGGGAGGGUUAAGGUCCUUGGUCUCCUCUCCCAAGAGGCAGUGGCUCUGUGCUGGGUUGUGCUGUGGCUUCCCAUGGACAGCUCUAAUGAAUCUGCAGUACUGCUGUUGACCAGCCUGCCACCCCCUGGAAGGUGCUCGGACAAAAAUAGUCAUUCUUAGAAAUAGCCAUUCAUUCUGUUUUUCACUCUGGCUUUGUGUUAAUCAGAUGUGUGACCCACCAUCGCCAUUCAAUCAGUGACUGAUUUGUCUGUGCCUUUUUUAACGAUCUACGCAUUUAUGUGUGUGUUGUGAACUGCAGAUUGGAGUGGCAUUCUAUGAGAUGCUACAGGCUGUGGACCAGCACAGUCAACACCUGUCCUACAUGGACCCCAUCUGUGACUUCCUCUACCACAUCAAGUACAUGUUCACCGGGGACAGCGUCAAAGACCAGGUUAGAGAAAUACUUGGGUUAAAGUUCUCCAUUACUGUGACGGGGACGGGGACGGGGACGGGCAAAGUAAUUCAAAGCGUAUACUUUAUCACUCAGGAUGGAACUUUCCACUGCUCCUAUUUAUGGCAUGUAAUGUUGUUAUUAAAACAAAAUCCGACAACCCCAUAGUAGAAUAGUUCACUUUAUUUACCUAGUCGGCUUGUUGUGUGUUCUAUGUGAGAUAAGUAUUCCUCUCGAGGCGCAUUCAAGUUGCGAGGGCCAUAGGAGGGAAAGCAGUCAAUGCACAACAAUUUGGAAUGCAAUCAUGGGAAAACACUUUUGAAAGCAGUUUUGACAUAAUAUAUUUUGAAAGCAGUUUUGGCCUUUGUUAAAAAAGGGUGGGCCCUCAGUUUUCCAUUGCUACCACGUUUAUUUAUCUACUCCUUAAAUUGCGCGGGUGGCAUUGUUUAAAAAUGCAGUUUUACAACCAGAGUUUCGAGCAUGGUUUAGGCGCAGCUGUGCAACAGAGCUCUUAAAUGGGCAAUGUCAUCUUAAAAUGACAUACUUUGUAAUAGAAACGUAAAAUUGUUUACUUUUCGAGUAAAUAAUGAUUUAUGUAUUUAUAAUAAAAUAUUCAUUUAUUAUUAAUAAUAAUAACAAUCAGGAUGUUGUGUCCUAUGGGGUAAAUGCAGAUGACCAAACCCCAUUCUUCAAGUGCCUUCAGAAAGUAUUCCUACCCCUUGACUUAUUCCACAUUUUUGUUGUUACAGCCUGAAUUCAAAAUGGAUUCAAUUGAUGACAAAGUGAAAACAUGUUUUUGAAAUGUUUGCACAUUCUUUUUUAAAUUUCAAGCUCUGUCAUGUUGGUUGUUGAUCAUUGCUAGACAGCCAUUUCCAAGUCUUGCUAUAGAUUUUCAAGCCGAUUUCUAAGUCAAAACUAUAACUAGGCCACUCAGGAACAUUCACUGUCGUCUUGGUAUUCAACUCCAGUGUAUAUUUGACCUUGUGUUUUAGGUUAUUGUCCUGCUGAAAGGUGAAUUUGUCUCCCAGUGUCUGUUGGAAAGCAGACUGAACCAAGUUUUCCACUAGGAUUUUGCCUGUGCUUAGCUCUAUUCCGUUUAUUUUUAUCCUAAAAAAAACUCCCUGGUCCUUGCCGAUGACAACAUGAUGCAGCCACCACACUUGAAAAUAUGAAGAGUGGUACUCAGUGAUGUGUUGCAUUGGAUUUGCCCCAAACAACGCUUUGUAUUCAGGAUAUACAGUUAAAUUCUUUGCCACAUUUUUAGCAGUUUCACUUUAGUGCAUUUUUACAAACAGGAAUAUAUAUUUUUUCUUUACCAAUAGAUGCUCUUCUUUGCGAGGCAUUGGAAAACCUCCCUGUUCUUUGUGGUUGAAUUUGUGUUUGAAAUUCACUGCUCGACUGAGGGGCCUUACAGAUAAUUGUAUGUGUGGGGUACAGAGGUAGUCAUUCAAAAAUCAUGUUAAACACUAUUAUUGCACACGAGUCCAUACAACUUAUUAUGCAACUUGUUAAGCACAUUUUUCCUCCUGAACUUAUUUAGGCUUGCCAUAACAAAGGGGUGGAAUACUUAUUGACUCAAGACAUUUCAGCUUUUAAUUUUUUAUUAAUUUGUAAACAUUUCUAAAAACAUAAUUCCGCUUGGACAUUAUGGGGUAUUGUGUGUAGGCCAGUAAAUUCAGGCUGUACCACAACAAAAAUUCAAGGGGUGUGAAUACUUUCUGAAGGCACUGUACAUUUUAUAGCCACUAUGCUUCAUCAGUUGUGUUACAGGUGAUAAUGCGUAUUGCUAAUAGCACAUCUGAUCAUAUAGUCCAUGCAUAGGCUAUAUGAAUGGUCCAAUAUGUUCAAAUACUUUUUACUGAAAUACUACCAAUAUGUUACUGGGCCCAUUUCUGGAGGUGGAAAUUAUAUUUUAGAUGGUGUCAGCAGCAUUUUAUUUUCAUAAAUUUUUGGAGUAGAAUGUAGUUUAAAAAUUCACCAGAACUGAGCUUCUCAGUCCUUCUACAUAAAAGAACCCCGGACCCCCUAAGCAAGGCGACUGGAAUUGGUCAAACUCGCAGUUUAAUACAUGUACAAAAUGAUCGUCUUUCCCCAACAGCAUGUUGGUCAUGACUUUCUUACAUGAAAGAGGAGGUUAAUUUGGCCCCAGACAAUCCAUCUGUGAUCGACUUAAGUUUCAGUUGUGGGAUUUUGUGUUGCUUUUAACCCUGAAUACUGUGUACUCUAUGCCUUUCCUUGACCUCAAAAUGUUUGCUCACUUGGUUUUCUGUCAUGUCCUGCAUUGGUAUUCAGCCUCUCCUCUUCCCUCCUCCUCUAACUAUAUCAACACACCAUGAAUUUGAAAUUCUAAUUUGUUUGUCCUCCAAACAUUCCCACGUAUUUUACUUUGAUGUCACUUGCUGCACGUCCCACUUCAAUUCAGGGUCUAAGGCUGAAGUUGGCGUCUCCUCAGUAGUAGUACAGAAGAGAUUAGUUGAAUUGUCCUCCCAGCUUAUCCCUUGUCUCUCAUAGUGUUGUGUUUAAUGUCGAGUGUGUGUGUGUGUGUGUGUGUGUGUGUGUGUGUGUGUGUGUGUGUGUGUGUGUGUGUGUGUGUGUGUGUGUAUUCCCAGGUGGAGAAGAUCAUCCUGACCCUGCGUCCGGCCAUGAAGCUCCGUCUGCGUUUCAUCACCCACACUAGCAAGAUGGAGCCUGCAGCUGCCAGCGUUCCCCAGCCCUCCUCCUCUGUGUCCUCACCCGCCCCACAGAGCAACCCCGGUCCCUCCAACCUCCCCCUGUCUGUGGCCCAGUAAAAAACACAGUCUGUCAGCCCCAUGGCCAUGGUCCCACUGUCACCAGCUGGAUGAUUGAGAUGGACACACUCCACAAAUGUGUAGGUCAGGGUUGCAGACAGACAAGAUGACCCUGAGAGUCUGGUCUCUUGAGACUGACCAUGCAACACCCCAGUGCUGUGGUGUGUUCCAAAGCUUUAAACAGCCAGUCAGUCCAAACGCAGUAUAGAAGAAAACAGACGUGAACUGUUACACAACAGACAUUACCUUUUUAUAACCUUUAGCUUUAUAGUGCUUUUUAUUGUUGAGUGUAUUGGAAAAAGACAAGUGUUUUCUCUGCAAUCAUUGGUCUGCUAGAGUGUAUAUAUAAAAGACUACGGUUGAUGGCGGCUCAUUCUGUUAUUGCUCUCCCUUUGUAAUAACAUGAGAUGGUCCAGUGCUUUGUGACUCCCUACUUAAUCAUGAGAGGUGAUUUAUGUUGUAUUUUUCACAUGAAGUAAAGAAGAAAUAAAACGUCUUAGGAUUCUGAGUUGGAUUGUUGUCUUGUCUGAUCCCCUGUUAUUCUGCACUCUGCUCUGUAGAGAUGACCUGUAUUCUGUCAGCUCAGGACCUCUGCCAGAUGUCUGGAUGUUGUUAUGGCCAGAUGCACAAACACUAAGUUCAGAACAGGGUCAACAACUCAAACUCUC